UCACCAUCCACUAACACGUUCUGUUGCGUCUGACGCGUCAGCCAUGUUCACAACACUGUCAACGUUGUCAACGACUGGCUUGUCUGCGACUAGGAGUGUCGUCGCAGUCCCAUCACUGAUGCCACGAAUGACAACCCCACCAUGGUCAUCUUCCCGCCAUCACAAUGGAGGGACCGUGCGCUCGUGACAUUACAAUCUGACGCCCCCCAAUCUCGACCGAGCCCGCUCGCACCGCGCUUGGAUCUGGCGACAACCCUCAGCCCUAAACAUUGACAAACAUUGCUCACGACAAGCUCUCAACUCAGGCUUUCUCCGGUCUCCCUUCGCAAAGUUUCGUUGCUUACAACAUAGAGACUCUCCUCGUCGUAAAAGCUCUCUCUCUCGUUCGUACGAGAUCAAUCACGGUGAUCACCUCGUAGUGGCUUGGCUUGCGCCCACUUGAACAAGCACAACUAAGGCCGCACUCUCCGCCAUGUUCCUCCCAAUGCUCCUCUCCCCACUCCUACUCUACUUGCUGCCCGUCACGGCAGCAACCGACGACAAAGAACGUCUCGGCGCACUCCAAGCCACCCUCCCCCUCCGCUACUUCAAUGGCCUAACUCUGGUCAACCCCGGCCUGGGCACGCCACCCCAAAACCUCCCGCUCGUCCUCUCGCCCGACGUAGGCCAUCUCUCGAUCGUCGGCCACUGCGGCACCUGCAUCCAUCGCGGGGGCGAGUACGACGUUGCUUCCUCGUCCACCGCCCGCGUACAAGACGACAGCUCAUUCAACCUCACUCUUCCCGGCCGCGACGGUGAUCCCGGUGAUUCUCUGGCCUUGAGCGGCAUGAUUGUCAAUGACCGGGUUCAUGCCGACGGCCGUCCCCUCGAGCUGCCCGAGGGCGUGUGCAGCAUCCACAAGAUCAUGUCUAUCGUGAACACUACAAACGACCCCGCGGCAUUGCCCGAGGGUUCGAGCGGGUACUGGGGUCUGGGUAUCGACGAGUCCGACCUCAAUGGCUCGCUCAUUCCCUCUGCCUGUCCGCCCAACGGAUCCGUAACCGUCGGCUUCGAUCUAAAAAAUAGCACCCCUGCCGGCGAGAUGCACUGGGGCGGCCCGCCCCCCGACGCCUACGUGGGGCGCUUCAACUGGCUCCCCACAUCGGAGGCAAACUGGGCCGUCGGUAUCGAAGGCUUCCGAGUAAAUCGCACAAAGAUUAACGCCCCAAAGUCCUCCUACGCCAUCCUAGACCCAGGCCUGGAUGGAAUUUACGUCCCUAGCGCCAUUGCGGAGCAAGUAUACGGCGCACUCGGCGGAAAGCGCGACCAUCUUCUCACGAACCGCUGGAAUGUUCCAUGCAACGCCUCGGCAGAGAUCAAGGUCGUGCUCGGGGGCAUCCCCUACGUUCUUGCGACCAGCUCGCUCAUCGUCCCGCGCGACAGCCAGGGCUGGACGUGCUGGGGCUCGAUGAUGUCGUGGGCAAACGCAUCUCUCCCGGAGACACACGGCGAGAUCCGCCUCGGCGCACCCUUCCUUUCCGGAGUCUACAUGGCGCUCUACUACCCCUGCUCUUCGGAGAAGCGCUACGUCGGCCUUGCCGCCAAGCCCGGCUCAGCGAACCCGUCGGACCCCUUCGUCCUCCCCAAGCCCGACCUCCGCGUCGUCGGCAUCGUUCUAGGUGUUCUCCUCCCUCUUCUCCUCCUGCUUCUCGGUCUGUGUUUCCUCAAGAACCGCUGUUCGCCGCUGGGACUUCGUCAACGCUUCGAAUACAACCAAGCCAUGCAAGCCGAGGCGCAAGCGCACGCGCAUGAGACGGCGACAUCCAGCGCUAGUCACUCCAGCUCAUCUUCGAGUCCCACCCGGCCCAUGGCUGCGCUCCCAAUCGUACCGGCUCCAGUUGUUCCCCCAGCCCCGUUAUAUUCCGUACCCGCCCCCGCCCCCGCUCCCAUGCCGCUUCCCGUCUGCCCUCCCCCGGUCCCCUGCAAGACCGUCGCCAUGUGCCCUCCGCCCUGUCCACCCCCCGUCUGCCCGCCCCCCGUCUGUCCCCCACCCGUCUGCACCUCCGUGCCCGUAACCUACGGCUUCUACACGCAAUACUCGCUGCCCAUCGCGCCCGUGGCUCCCAUCGCCCCCGUCGUGCCGCUCAUGCCCCUCCACUCGGCCCAGCCGUGGAUGCACACUAUCGUGUCGCAACACACAGGCGGCGCCGACUGCCUUGCGCACGAAACGCUUGGCGAAGCAUGGCUCCGCCGCCGCAGAUCAAGGUCGCGCUCGUGCGACCGGGAGCGGCUGUGCGAGCUUGAGUGCGAGGAGGGUGGGAAGAGCAAGCGGCGAGGCCGACGGCACAGGCGAAAGCACUCGUCGACGAGUUCGAGCUCUUCGUCUUCGGGCUAGCUAUGGGGUCACGUAACAGAAUAUGAGCGGAAAGCAAAGUCGAGAGGAUUUCGAGAAAGGACGGACUCAUUCUGAGAAGCUGACCUCGUCCAGCCAGGCUGAAACGAUGUCUGCUUUGAGCCCAGUUUUAGACCUAAUCAUGCAUGACCUAUCC